UGCUCACGUUUGGUGCUCCUCAAUUAUCCCUCCCCGUGAAGAUAGGUGGCGUGUGUUUCAGGGUCUCUCUCCUCUGUAUUACAGAAAAGAAAAAAGAAAAAAAUGUCAUUAGAAGAGGCGUAACACGUCAGUCCGUCCCCAGGUUUGUGUUUCCUGGAGUGGCUGAAAGAGAUCAGUCCUAACCUGCCCGGCAGGAAUAACGGUCCUUCUUCCAACUCUUUCCAAGGUUUAUUAUCAUUCUGAAAGGAUCUCCGUUUUAAAGAAACAAUUCCUCACGCUUCAUUCUUUUUUUUUCUUCUUCAGUCGAACUCUUUCAAAAGGCACAGACAAAAUUGCAGAUAUUGAGUCUGCGUGCUGCUGAUUCAGGGAGUCGAGUCCAUGCGAACUGCCAUCUGAUCCACUCUUAUCAAUGAAGCAGCAGAUCAUGGCGGAUGGCCCCAGGUGUAAGAGGCGAAAACAAGCCAACCCAAGAAGAAAAAACGAGGGCAUUACCCAGCCUGAACUUGCCUAAACCCUUGUGGUCACACCUCUUGAAAAGGUUUUGUUUCCCCCGUCAAUUGGUAUUCAAACCAGUAUUGAACUAUGAAAAUGUUGUUGAGACUGGCUCAGAAACAGAUGAUGAUGAUAAGCUACACAUUGCAGAAGAAGAUGGUCUCCUUAAUAGCUUGGACCGAGAAGGCAGUCCAGUAAGCAUGCCCAACCAUGAUACUUCACCAUGUCUGAGCCAAGCACUGCUACACAAGGAAGAUGAGGAGGAUGAGCUGAGAGAUGUCAGGGUAGACCGCACCUGGCAGAACAACGGCAUGCUGCAAGCCUCAGUCGAUGGUACUGAUGACAUGAAGGAUGACUAUGACACUAUGGGGCCUGAAGCCACACUUCAGACCACUGGAAACAAUGGUACUGUUAAGAAUGUUGAUUGCACUUCAGAAUUUGAGGAGUAUUUUGCCAAAGGGAAGCUGGAUGAGGGAGAGAGCCAUGUGGUCAGUAUUGCUGAAUACCUGCAGCGAGGUGACACAGCCAUCAUUUACCCAGAAGCUCCUGAGGAAUUAUCCCGCCUUGGCACGCCAGAGGCAAAUGGACAGGAUGAAAAUGACCUACCACCUGGAACUCCAGAUGCUUUUGCCCAACUGCUGACCUGCCCCUACUGUGACCGAGGCUACAAGCGCUUGACAUCACUCAAAGAGCACAUCAAGUACCGUCACGAAAAGAACGAGGAAAACUUUGCCUGCCCUCUGUGCAACUAUACGUUUGCUUACCGCACCCAGCUUGAGCGACAUAUGGCCACACACAAGCCUGGGAGAGAUCAGCACCAACUGCUGAACCAGGGAGCUGGCAAUCGCAAGUUCAAAUGCACAGAAUGUGGCAAGGCCUUCAAAUAUAAACACCAUCUGAAAGAACACCUGCGGAUUCACAGUGGUGAAAAGCCAUAUGAGUGUCCAAACUGCAAGAAGCGCUUUUCUCAUUCUGGCUCUUACAGUUCACACAUCAGCAGCAAAAAAUGUAUUGGCUUGAUAUCAGCAAAUGGAAGGAUGAGAAGCAGUAUAAAGACAGGUUCUUCUCCCACUUCAGCAUCAUCUUCACCCACCAAUGCAGCUAUUACACAACUCAGACAUAAGCUGGAGAAUGGCAAGCCACUUGGUUUACCAGAACAGCCAAGUCUACUCAAAAUUAAAACAGAACCACUAGAUUUCAAUGACUAUAAACUCAUGAUGGCCUCCCAUGGGUUUGGAGGACCUGGCCCUUUUAUGAAUGGAGGAAUUGGAGCCGGUAGUCCUUUGGGGGUCCAUGCGUCAUCUCAGAGUCCAAUGCAACACUUGGGCUUAGGAAUGGAUGCACAGCUACUGGGCUUUCCUGGUAUUGGGAGCAAUCUGAGUGAAGUACAGAAAGUUCUUCAAAUUGUGGACAAUACAGUAUGCAGGCAGAAAAUGGACUGUAAACCUGAUGAGAUUUCAAAACUAAAGGGUUAUAUGAAGGAACUUGCAUCUCAAAAUGAGGAACAAGGGCAAGGUGUAACUUCCCCUGGUGCUCCACCAGUUGGUCUUCCAGUUGUCAGCCACAAUGGUGCCACUAAAAGUAUUAUUGACUACACACUAGAAAAGGUCAAUGAAGCCAAAGCUUGCCUCCAGAGCUUGACCACAGACUCAAAGAGACAAUUUAGCAAUAUUAAAAAAGAGAAGGUAAAUCAUGUAUUAGACUUAGGUACUGAAGAUAAAGUGCAUGAGAACAAUGUAUUUACUCCUUUCUCUUGUCAGUACUGCAAGGAGACCUUUCCAGGUCCCAUUCCUUUACAUCAGCAUGAACGCUACUUGUGUAAAAUGAAUGAGGAGAUAAAAGCAGUCCUACAGCCCAAUGAGAACAUUACGCCCAAUAAGCCUGGCUUAUUUGGAGAGAAACAUGCCCUUUUGCUUUCUUCCAUGCUGUCAGAAAAAGGAGUCACAAGCCCUAUUAACCCUUUCAAGGACCACAUGUCUGUGCUCAAAGCAUAUUUUGCCAUGAACAUGGAACCUAAUUCAGAGGAACUACUGAAGAUUUCCAUUGCUGUUGGCCUCCCUCAGGAAUUUGUGAAAGAUUGGUUUGAGCAACGAAAAUUUUACCAUUAUGGUAAUUCCAGAACUCCACCACUGGACCGGAACAAUGUUGAGGUGGUGCUGGCAACCACCAACACUCCCACUAAAGACUCUGUGCCAGCCAGGUCGCCGAUAUCAUUAAUAAAGCCUAUGGACCGUAUUACAUCCCCAUCCAUAGCUGAACUCCAUAACAAUGUUAAUAAUUGUGACACUCCUCUCAGGCUUACAAAAACAUCACAGUUUACUGGUGGUAAACAAAUUGGUGAAAAGUUGGACCACUCAAGGAGCAAUACUCCUUCACCUUUAAAUCUUUCCUCCACAUCUUCUAAAAACUCCCAUAGCAGCUCGUACACUCCAAACAGCUUCACUUCAGAGGAACUCCAGGCAGAGCCUUUGGACUUGUCUUUGCCAAAGCAAAUUAAAGAACCUAAAAGUAUUACAACUGUAAAAAACAAAACAAAACCUAUGAAUAUUAACAUUGACCACAACAGUAUUUCCUCACCAUCUGAGCACUCAGAGGAGCCUUUGAACUUGGCUUAUCUCAAAAAGGAAUAUUCGGGUUCAAACAACAACCUUGACAAAAGCACUAAUCAGAUGUUCAGUUUAAACCCGUUUAGUGCCAAACCUUUGUACACAUCACUUCCUCCUCAAAGUGCAUUUCCCCCAGCCACUUUCAUGCCUCCAGUUCAGGCAAGCAUCCCAGGGUUGAGGCCAUACCCAGGGCUGGAUCAAAUGAGCUUCCUACCACACAUGGCCUAUACUUAUGCAACAGGAGCAGCUACUUUUGCAGAAAUGCAGCAAAGGAGAAAGUACCAACGGAAACAAGGCUUUCAGGGGGAGCUGCUAGACGGGACAACAGAUUAUAUGUCAGGACUGGAUGACGUGACAGACUCAGACUCCUGUCUGUCCCGGAAGAAGAUUAAGAAGACAGAAAGUGGUAUGUACGCGUGUGACUUGUGCGACAAAACAUUCCAGAAGAGCAGUUCUCUCCUAAGACACAAAUAUGAACACACAGGUAAACGGCCUCAUCAGUGUCAGAUUUGUAAGAAAGCAUUUAAACAUAAACACCAUCUAAUUGAACAUUCGCGACUGCACUCAGGCGAAAAGCCAUACCAGUGUGAUAAAUGUGGCAAAAGGUUCUCACACUCUGGAUCCUAUUCACAGCACAUGAACCACAGGUAUUCCUACUGCAAGAGGGAAGCAGAAGAAAGAGAGGCUGCUGAGAGAGAGGCCAGGGAAAAGGGUCACUUAGAACCAACAGAGCUGCUGAUGAAUCGCGCUUACUUACAGAGCAUCACUCCUCAGGGGUACUCGGACUCAGAAGAGCGGGAUGGAAUGCUUAGGGAUGGAGACGAGCGAAUGAGAGAGCAUGAUAAAGAUGGUGAAGGGGGAUAUGUGAAGAUAGGGAGACAGGAUGAAGAAUUUGAAGAAGAGGAAGAAGAAAGUGAAAAUAAAAGUAUGGAUACAGAUCCAGAAACAUUAAGAGAUGAUGAAGAGAAUGGAGACCACUCUAUGGAUGAUAGUUCAGUUGAUGGAAAAACAGAAACCAAAUCAGAUCAUGAGGAGGACAAUAUGGAAGAUGGCAUGUAAUGGACUACUGCAUUCUAAGCUUCCUUUAGUUUUUUUUUUUUCUUCCCCAGUAGUAUUGUUACCUGCUUGAUUUAAACAAACACACUGCUGUGUUAAGCUGUACAUGCACGUGCCUGAUGCUUCCAGGAAGCUUUUGUUGUUGGACUUAAAGAGGGAGAGGCAGUUCUGCCAACAGAGACAGUGUUGAGAGUUGGAGCUGGGAGAAAAGAAGCUGCAUUAUGCAAAACAAGAAAAAAUACAACAAAAAUAAUUAACUGUACAGUAUUAAGGCCUAAAAAAUGUGUGGUGCUAACAUUCUAAAAACCUUGUGUUUCAUAGUAUUUAUAGCACAAACUAGUAACUUGUAAAAAUUGCACUCCGCUUCUAUAAUCACUACAAAAAUUAUAAUAAUAAAAAAGUAUUGCCUAUGUAUAUUUAUACAGUGUUAAAAGCAGUAGUGUCCCCACUACAUUUCAUCAGUAUUAUUACCUACAGUAGCUAUCACUUAAUGUGUUGUUUAUUGUUUUUGCCCAAUUGUCAGGCCAACUAACCACACAGUUUUAGGCCUCCGAUUUUUCUUUAUAUGAAGGAACUUAAGCAACGCCUGUGUGAUUUUAAGAUAUUAAAGUCUUAAAGCAACUUUGAUAUGAAGAAUAAUGUAAUGCAAAGCAAGAGGGUAAUGUGUGAAAAAUGAAGGAGAAAGCCUUUUGUAAGGUGGUUUUAUAAGAAAAAGCCUUAUAUGCAAACCUUUUAAUCUGUGUGUUUCUGCAAGUGCCAUCCUUGUACAGUGUAAAGGAAGGUGACUCUUGUUACCUUUGCACCAGCUUCAGUGUUACGAAAUAGCUCACCUUGUUCUUUGAAGCACCCAUGU